UCUUCUUCUGUGUCUCUCACCUCUCCUUACUUCUCUUCUUGUCUUCCGUCUCACGAGUAUCUUGCCUUGCCGAACCGCAAUAAAAGAGGGAAAACCGUGGAUUAGGGUUUUUCUCCUUUUACAGCGCUCAGCGUUUCCCUCCCUCCACAACUCGGGAAGAAGACCUAACAGUGGAUAACGAAGAUUGAUAGGUCUCGCAUAAAAUGCUACACCACUGUUUUCAGAAUAGGGAUAUAGUCGUGAGAUUAGUUACCUGGUGACUCAGCACAAUUAAUCUUCACAUAAACAACACCUUAUGAAAAAAUGAGCAUGGGUACAACAAAUUCAGAUAUUGCACGGGCAGAAGAAAUCAAAAUCCAGGCCAAUGAAGCAUUUAAAGCUCACAAGUACUCUCAAGCUAUUGAUCUGUACACUCAAGCCAUUGAACUAAAUGGUCAGAAUGCUGUGUACUGGGCAAAUCGUUCAUUUGCCCACACCAAGCUGGAGGAAUAUGGUAGUGCUGUGCAGGAUGCGACAAAGGCUAUUGAAAUUGAUCCCAAAUAUUCAAAGGGUUAUUACAGGCGAGGCGCUGCAUAUCUUGCCAUGGGGAAAUUUAAGGAAGCUUUAAAGGAUUUUCAGCAGGUUAAGAAAAUCUGUCCAAAUGAUCCUGAUGCUACAAAGAAGUUGAAGGAAUGUGAGAAAGCUGUGAUGAAGCUGAAAUUUGAAGAAGCCAUUGCUGUGCACGACCCUGAAAGACGCUCAGUUGCUGAUUCAAUAGAUUAUCAUACCAUAGAGGUGGAGCCACAAUAUUCUGGUGCUAGGAUCGAGGGAGAUGUUGUAACUUUGGAUUUUGUGAAGAAAAUGAUGGAUGACUUCAAGAAUCAGAAAUGCUUACAUAAAAGAUAUGCAUAUCAGAUUGUAUUGCAAACAAGAGAAAUGCUUCAUGCCCUGCCUUCUCUAGUUGAUAUUACUGUUUCAGAUGGUUACCAUUUCACUGUUUGUGGUGAUGUGCAUGGUCAGUUUUUUGAUCUGUUGAAUAUAUUUGAGCUCAAUGGGCUUCCCUCUGAAGACAAUCCUUAUCUCUUCAACGGCGACUUUGUGGAUAGAGGGUCGUUUUCUCUUGAGGUUAUUCUGACACUAUUUGCAUUUAAAUGCAUGUCUCCAGCAGCUAUUUGUUUAGCGAGAGGAAAUCAUGAGAGUAAGAGCAUGAACAGGAUCUAUGGUUUUGAAGGCGAGGUCAGGUCGAAGUUGAGUGAAACGUUUGUUGAACUCUUCGCGGAAGUAUUCUGUUGUUUACCUCUAGCGCAUGUAAUAAAUGAAAAGAUCUUUGUAGUUCAUGGAGGUCUUUUCAGUGUUGAUGGAGUGAAACUGUCUGACAUUAGAGCGAUUGACCGGUUUUGUGAGCCUCCAGAGGAAGGGUUGAUGUGUGAGCUGCUGUGGAGUGAUCCCCAACCUUAUCCAGGCAGAGGCCCCAGCAAGAGGGGUGUAGGUCUAUCUUUUGGUGCAGAUGUGACAAAAAGAUUUUUGCAGGAGAACAAUCUUGAUCUAGUUGUCCGAUCUCAUGAAGUAAAAGAUGAAGGAUAUGAGAUUGAGCAUGAUGGGAAACUUAUUACGGUAUUUUCGGCGCCAAACUAUUGUGAUCAGAUGGGUAACAAGGGUGCUUUCAUAAGGUUUGAGGCCCCUGACAUGAAGCCAAACAUUGUUACUUUUUCAGCAGUGCAACAUCCGGAUGUCAAGCCAAUGGCAUAUGCCAACAAUUUCCUGCGAAUGUUCUCUUGAUCCUUAGCCUUAUGCGAGGUGCUUUUUGUAAGUUUUUGUUAAAAGUUUUAUGUUAUUUGGUAAACGGUGGACAACAGAGAAUACUAUUUGUUGCAGAAAGUUGCCUGAUAAGCAGGCCGUCCACAUCAGCUGAUGCAGUUUUGAGUCCUGAUACUAUUUAAAUUCAUUUUUUCCGCAACUCUCUAUUCCCCACCUCUCCGAAUUGUGAUUAUUUUGAGUCGGGCCUAACAUAUUUCAAGCCAUUACACUAAUACUAAUCAUGGGUACCAUGUAAAGAUGUAAGAAAUCCGUUUGUUCCCU